AACUCCUAAUAAGUUCCUAAAUCUAAAACUCACGCACGCACACAGCACCUGCACGGCGUUCAGCCCCUGCCCCACGCCACCCCCAGCCCCACUCGCCGCUCGCUCGCUAGCAGCGGCUCCAGACGUCGCCGUCGCCGCCGCCGCACCACCGUCUCCGUCCAACAACAGCCAACCAGCACCAGCAGCUCAGCAGGUACCUUUAGAUAGUCCCAGUGGCUUAUCCAAAACAAACUCUAUAUAUCCUCAAUGCUAGUGCGGAAACCUCCUGUUCCUCGGCUUGUCCUUGACAAUGUCUCUUGCAUGAGAAAUGCACAGCAGAUUCUCCGCCAUGUCAAUGCCACGCUUCAUGAUGGAUCAGCUCUUGUUCUAUCAGGUACCAACGGCUCGGGCAAAACCACUUUGCUGCGUAUGUUAGCAGGCUUCAACAAACCAACUGCUGGUCAGGUACUGUGGAAUGGCCACGACAUCACUAACUCAGGCGUUUUCCAUCAGUACAAGCUUCAGCUAAACUGGCUCGCACUCAAAGAUGCUAUCAAGGAUAAAUUCACAGUCCUCGACAAUGUGUUAUGGUUCGAACUUCUCGAAGGAAAGGAAGGGAAUUCAGUGCCUGCCCUAGAGCUUAUGGGGCUGGGGAAACUAGUUAAAGAAAAAGCAAGAAUGCUCUCCAUGGGUCAGCGGAAGAGGUUGCAACUUGCGAGGCUAUUAGCCAUGGACAGGCCGAUUUGGUUGCUUGAUGAGCCCUCCGUGGCGCUGGAUGGUGAAGGCGUGAAGUUGCUCGAGUAUAUCAUCCAUGGGCAUAGAAAGAAAGGGGGGAUUGUCAUUUGCGCCACGCAUCUUCCUAUUGCAAUGGAGGAUGCCAUGGUUUUGAGGCUACCACCAAGGUUCCCCAGAAGAAUGACUUUAGUCGACAUGCUCGAUCGCGGGGGACCUGAUUGAAACUUGCAAUAGGUAUGGAAUUUGUUUGUUUUAGUUGCAUGCUUAUAUUCCCAUCUCACUACAAAGGGUGUUGUAGUGUAGAGUAGUAAGUUGAAUUGAUGAGCUUAGUUUUAUUAGUUGGUGAGUUGGGAUCUCUCUUAUAGUAGACAUAUUUCAGGUCACCCUUAUUGGUCAAGUUUUUGCACUGCAAAUUAUUUAGAUUGACAUUUUUUAACAUAAGUUAUAGGAUGAUCAUAUCCAUACAUGAACGAUGAAGCAGCCUGGGUUUUCUUCCCUGAAAUUUUGUUAUAUUUAAUCAGAUAUAUGUUCUUAGAUUUGAAUGUAUA